AUGCCACCUAAUUUUAAGGAGAAGUAUCCAAACACUAUUAUUAUCAUUGAUGCAACAGAACUUAGAAUACAAACCCCCUCAUCCCUUCUGAGGCAGUCCCAAAGCUAUUCCAGCUACAAGUCAACAAACACCUUUAAAAGCCUAAUUGGAGUUGACGCCAAGGGUGGGAUUGUUUUUGUUUCUCAGUUGUACAUCGGGUCUAUUUCAGACAAGGAAAUAGUGAUAAGGAGUGGUUUUUUGGAGAUACUUAAGAACAAAGUAGCAGUUGGAGAAAUACUAGCUGGUGAUGCUGUUAUGGCAGAUAAGGGUUUUGACAUAGGGGAUGAACUGAAAAAAGUUAAUCUGCGUCUCAACAUUCCCCCAUUCCUCUCAAACCAAUUUGCAUUCAGUGAGGGUGAUGUAGUAAAGACACAGACAGUAGCCCAGCACCAAAUCCACAUUGAGAGAGCAAUAGGAAAAGUUCACAGAUUUAAAAUAUUUUCCAGUGAAAUUCAGGUGACCAUGUUUGGGAUUAUCAACCAGAUAUGGACAGUGUGCUGCAUGUUGUCAAACUUCAUUGAGCCUAUUCUUGACUAG